AUGGCUGCUAACAAGGUUUUCAACGUUGCUGUGUUCUUCGUUGUGUUCAGAGAAUGUUUAGAAGCAGCGGUGAUUGUUUCCGUGUUGCUUUCUUUCUUGAAACAAUCCAUCGGUUCUAAUGAUAUGGCCACUUAUAAAAGGUUGAGAAUGCAUGUCUGGAUCGGUGUUGUUGCUGGUUUCAUCAUUUGUAUGGCCAUUGGUGGUGGUUUCAUUGGUGCUUACUACCGUUACGAAAAUGAUAUUUUCGGUUCUGCUGAAGAUUUAUGGGAAGGUGUCUUCUGUAUCAUCGCUACCUUAAUGAUUUCUGUCAUGGGUAUUGCUAUGUUAAGAGUCAACAAGAUGCAAGCCAAAUGGAGAGUUAAGAUUGCCAAGGCCAUGCUUGAAGUUCCAAAGGACAGACGUAAGAAAUGGAGUCUUAAAUACUGGGCUACCAGAUAUUCUAUGUUUUUGUUGCCAUUUAUCACUGUUUUGAGAGAAGGUUUGGAAGCCGUCGUGUUCGUUGCUGGUGCCGGUAUUACCACCAAGGAUUCCAAGGCCACUGCGUACCCAUUGCCUGUCGUCAUUGGGUUAAUUGCUGGUAUCAUCGUAGGUACUUUGUUGUACUACGGUACUUCUAAGUCAUCUCUACAAAUCUUCUUGGUCAUUUCUACUUGUGUUCUUUACUUGAUUGCUUCCGGGUUGUUCUCCAGAGGUGUGUGGUACUUCGAUAACUAUUACUUCAACAAGAAGACCGGUGGUGACGCAUCCGAAUCCGGUGAUGGUAACGGGUCCUAUAACAUCUUAAGAACCGUGUACCACGUUAACUGUUGUAACCCGGAAUUGGACAACGGUUGGGAUAUCUUCAACUCGUUGUUGGGCUGGCAAAACACUGGUUAUUUGUCAUCCAUCCUUGCUUACAACUUGUACUGGUUGGUCUUAAUGAUUGUUAUCGGACUAAUGAUGUACGAAGAAAGAAAUGGCCAUUUACCAUUCUGUAAGAAUCUAAAACUGAGACAAUUGAAGCCAAGCUACUAUUUAAAACGUAAGCAGAACGAAGAGUUGACCGCUGCUGAACAAGAGGAAUUGUUCAAACAAGUCAACAAUUUGGGCGUCGACGAAGAAGGUAACGUCGUCGUUAACAAAGGUGACACUACCAAAGUCAACGUCGAACUCGUGAAAUAA